AUGGAUCCAUACACCGAAGCCGCCAUCAAUUUACAGCCUCCCAACGGCAGACCCGUGCACAAGGACGAUUGUGCAUACUCCUUCGACACUCCCGAUCUUCAAGGCGGACUCGAUGUCUGUCUCAGCUGUUUCCAAGCCUCUUCAGCCCACGCCAACCAGGACUACACAAAGCUCCAUUUCGAUAACACUGGCCAUUCGUACUUUGCAACCGUGCACAAGAAGCGCAAGGCCAAGGCUCGAUCCGACGAGAAUGCGCCCAAACGUUUGGCCAUUGAGGCCCACAAGGAGGAGGAUGACUGGGACACUCAGUGGGGAGUCAAGCUGGUGACGGCUGUGGGCUCGGAGAAGCUGGACGAGACCCGAGAGCCUUUCCCGGAACUUCUGGCUGCGGUGGAGAAUGCCGAAUCGUUUGCUGCUCGUUCGGAGGUUGCUGCCUGGGAGAACGAGAUCGUUUCCUGUGAACACACCCGCAACCUGAAUCAGUCUGCCGCACCUGAUCUUAAUUUCUCUGCUCCCCAUUGCGCCCAGUGCGAUCUCAAGGAGAACUUGUGGCUGUGCCUGGAUUGUGGAGCAAUUGGAUGUGGACGAGCACAAUUUGGAGGAGUGGCUGGAAACACCCAUGCUCUGGCCCACUCCGAGACCACUGGCCAUGGAGUGGCUGUCAAGCUUGGAUCCAUCACAGCCCACUCUGCCGACGUCUACUGCUACAUUUGUAACGACGAACGGCAGGAUCCUGAGCUCCGAAAGCACCUGUCCCAUUUCGGAAUCCAGAUUGACGACCUUCAAAAGACAGAAAAAUCUAUGACGGAGCUCCAAAUUGAACAGAAUUACACGUGGCAGUUCUCCAUGGAGAAUGAGUCCGGUGAGAUCAAGCCUGUGUUUGGACCUGGACUUACAGGCAUGAACAACCUCGGAAACUCGUGCUACCUCAAUUCGGCCAUGCAAGUGAUAUUCUCUCUACCCGCGUUCCAGAAGCAGUUCAACGUGCCUCAGCAGUUCAUUGCUGACCCUAUUAACUCUCAUGUGACACAGUUUAGAAAACUGGCCGACGGUCUGUUGUCUGGACGGUACGCCGUGCCUGAUGUUUACGAUGACUCAGAGGUGUCGUAUCAGAGGGGUAUCCGACCUUUCGCAUUGAAGACUCUGCUGGGUAAGGGCCACCCCGAAUUCUCUACCAACCGACAGCAGGAUGCCUUUGAGUUCUGGGCUCAUGUGACGGACAUUAUUGACAACAAGAUUGAAGGAGGUAGAGCCCUGACUGAUAUCUUCCGAUUCCAGACCGAAAAGCGACUCCAGUGCCUUUCUUGUAACAAGGUGCGGUACACCAAGGAAGCCCAGGAAAACCUCAGCGUGCCAGUUCCCAUAAGAGAGAAGGGAGAGCAGGAUGGAAAGACCGUUUACGAAGACGUGGAACUGUCUGAAUGCCUUAUUAAAUACACUGGAGCCCAGACCACCGAUUACUCGUGCAAAUGUGGUGGCAAGGAGGCCUCUGUGUCCAACAAGUUUGCAUCUCUGCCUGAUGUUCUUGUUCUGAAUUCAACCAGGUUCCAGAUCAAGAAUUGGGUGCCCAUGAAGGUCGAUGUCAAUCUCAAUGUCGACGAGAACCUCAAUCUAGACGAUUACAUUUCGCCUGGUAAGCAGGACAACGAGGAGGAGCUUCCCGAAGACGAGGCAGGCGAGGGAAACUCGUCUGGAUGGACCGCUAAUGAGACAGCAGUCGAGAUUCUUUCGGCAAUGGGAUUCCCUACUGUUCGAUGUGAGAAGGCUCUUUACCAUACCGGUAACUCCGAUCCCGAUGCUGCCAUGAACUGGCUGUUUUCGCACAUGGAGGAUGCGGAUAUCGACGAACCUUUGGUUAUCGACUCCUCUGUUCCUAGCAGUGGCUCCACCGACAACUCUGCUGCCAUAGCUCAGGUUGCAGAGAUGGGUUUCACUCCCAACCAAGCCAGAAAGGCCCUUCGAGAGUGUUCAGGAAACGUGGAGAUGGCUGUAGCUUGGCUUUUUGAGAAUCCUGCAGACGAGGGAGAGGAGGAAUCUGCAGCUGUCGCAACCGAGGUAGCCUCGUCUGGUCCUGUUGGUUAUACUGAGAAGCCACACAAUUACGAGCUGACAGGCAUCAUCUGCCACAAGGGUACUUCUGUUCACGCUGGUCACUACGUUGCUUACGUGAAGAAAGAUGGAAAAUGGAUCCUUUUCAACGAUGAGAAGGUGGUUUCUUCCUCUGUUGAAGACAUGAAGAAGCUGGCAUACGUCUAUGUGUUCCAGCGAGUUAGUGCAUAA